AUGUUUGACAUUUUGAAUAUUUUUGAAGCUGGACUUUCAGGACUCCAGUCCCUCUGUGAACAGCUGGCUGAUGUGUUUGCUGACGAGUCCGAAAGUGAUCAAACGUUUUAUGGUUUUUCCGACAGUGAACUCAUCGAUCAGAUCUCUGAUUUGGGAGAUGACAGUGAAGACCAGCCUGAUCGUCACACCCAAGACCAGAAAUCCACAUCUAAACCAUGUGCUGCUGCCAGAACCUUCAGGCUGACGGUGGCACUCCAUUCCACAUCUUGUGUCCAGUGGUCCACUGAUGAGGAUGAUGCAAAGGAGGAAGAAAAGGGAAGUAAAAGGAGAUGGGCAAAUAAAGGAGGAAGGGUCAAGGUGAAAGAUGUGGAGACAUCAGUGGCCCGAUGGUCUCCUUCCGAAGAAGAUGCCGGGUCCGAUUCAGUGGAAGAUGAGUCAGAAUCAUUUCUCAUCAAGAGAGAGAAGAACAUCAAGGCCAACAAAGUGAUGUUGGCUCAUCUGAUGGCUGACUUGCAGAAGAUUCCAGAUCCUGAAGGGUUUCUGAAGAAACAAGCAAGCAAACAGCACAAAGGGAGACUCUCUGUUGGUGUGGGAGGCAUUACAUCCAGGAAGAACCCAGAGCGAGUGACCCGCAGACAGACUCGUUCCAUGGGGGGAUCUGUUGAUCCUUCAGCUCCCCAGGAAACAGAACUGCAGCUGAGCCUGGAGGAGGAGCUGCUGGAGGUGUGCCGGGCCCCACAGCGCCGCGGCACCCAAAGACCCAACCAGAGCAAACCUCAUAUUGUGCGUCCAGUUGAAGAGAUCACGGAGGACGAACUUCAGCUGGUCGCAGACAACAUGACUGAUAAAAUCUACAACAGAAUCACAGGUUCCACGUGCCAUCAGUGCCGUCAGAAGACCAUCGACACAAAGACGUGCUGUCGCAGUGAGACCUGUCGUGGGAUUCAGGGCCAGUUCUGUGGGCCGUGCCUCAGGAACCGAUACGGAGAGGAUGUCAGGAAGGUGCUGCUCGAUCCGGAGUGGCAGUGUCCUCCUUGUAGAGGCAUCUGCAACUGCAGCUUCUGCCGGCAGUGGGAAGGCCACUGUCCAACCGGCAUCCUGUUCCCUCUGGCCCAGUACCAUGGCUUCUCUGACGUCCAUUCCUACCUCAGCAGCCUCCAACAAACUGAAGCGUAAGGAAGAUGAUGCAGAUUUGACUUCAAGACACUAGAGGGAGCAGUUGGCUAAACCACCUCUUAAGUUUUGUACUGCUGGUUAGUUUUAAUCCUGUAAACUUAUUUCAAUAAACCUUUUUGUUUUUUAAAGCAGGUUUCAAAGUGACAACCAAGACAUGAAGUGUAUUUAAAAUUUUAAUGAGACUGUUGGUAUUUGCAGUAGUAUUAUACACACAAUACAAAAUCCCUUAUUUACGAUGGGUCAAAAAUGUAAGAGCACUUGUCCAAUUAACUUAAUCUGUUAACCAUCUCAUACUAGUAUGUUACAAUUGUGUAUCAAAUCAAGUGUGAACAAUUAACACUCAAAGAAGAAAAGAAAAGAAAAAG